GAAGUGCCCCUGCUCACCGCGUCGGCUUGACGUCAGCGCGCGGCGGCGGCAGGAGGGAGCGGCUGUGGUCGAGCGGCGUUCACGGACAGCGGGAGAGAGAGCGACGCGCGGCGGAGCGGACGGGUGGAUGACUGCAGACAGACGGUCAGGAUGCGUGAAUACAAGCUGGUUGUUUUAGGAUCAGGAGGCGUCGGGAAGUCAGCUCUGACUGUCCAGUUCGUUCAGGGAAUCUUCGUGGAGAAAUACGACCCGACGAUAGAGGACUCCUACAGGAAGCAAGUGGAGGUGGACGGUCAGCAGUGCAUGCUGGAGAUCCUGGACACAGCAGGAACAGAGCAGUUCACCGCCAUGAGAGACCUGUACAUGAAGAACGGCCAGGGCUUCGCUCUGGUUUACUCCAUCACAGCUCAGUCCACCUUCAACGAUCUGCAGGACCUCAGAGAGCAGAUCCUCAGAGUGAAAGACACAGAAGACGUUCCCAUGAUCCUGGUUGGAAACAAGUGCGACCUGGAGGUGGAGCGCGUGGUGGCCAAGGAGUCCGGCAUCGGCCUCGCUCGCCAGUGGAACUCCUGCGCCUUUCUGGAGACUUCCGCCAAGAGCAAGAUAAACGUGAAUGAGGUGAGAGCCCCCCCGAACCACCACUCCUCCUCACGCUCCUCCUUUUCUGCCCCGAUCUUCUACGACCUCGUCCGACAGAUCAACCGGAAGAGUCCCGUUCCAGGAAAACCUCGCAGAAAGUCCACCUGUCAGCUUCUCUAAUGACAGUUUUCACUUGACCGACAACCUACAAACCAACCAAUCACAGGACAUCUUCCAGCUGACCACGCCCCCUUUAACAUGUCAUCAUCAACAUCAGCCACCUCUCUCUCCACUACCAUGACGACCACUUCUCCCCCCCCCCCUCACCAUGCCGUCUAAUGGAGACUGUUGCCUUGGAAACAUAAAAACCAAACAUCAAAAGACUGCGGUGAUGAUGAUGAUGAUGAUGAU